GCGCCCGCAAGUGGGCGCCGACGGGGACCCGCGCUGCGCCGCGCUGCUCGGGGACCCCGCGGGCGGCCCGAGCCAGGCACUGGCCUCCUGGAAGCCCCCGAGGGCGCCCGGACCUCGGUGGAUUGAACAGAAGCCGCUUUCCCAUUGAUUCGGCCGGGCUGGGCGAGCGGCCGGGUGCCUGUGCCCGGAGGGCGUGCGGAAGGCAGAGGGCAGGAAGUCGGUCUUCUGCAGCGAGGGUGGCGGCACCGCGCAGGGGACGGAGCCUUCCUUAUUUAUGUGUCUGCCGGCAUCUGCCUUUUUCACCCGAAGACUUCAGGGAGCGUCUCGGAGCUGCGUUUCCCGCGUGUGAGGCACAGAAGGGCUGGAUGCCUGAACAACAUGAUUAUCCAUUAACUUUCAAACUUUUCUUUUUUAAUCCAAAGAAUAUCGGUGAUUUUUGUCCACUGCUAGCAGAAGAAGAGAGAACCCAGGGCCCUUGAGAUGCAGCAAAAUCCUUAUUUAUAAACAGGCCCAAGGUAGUGAUAUGCAAACCCCUUCUACUCAGUGAAUUUUCUAUCCUAUGGAUAUCGGUCUUCAGAUUUGAGACUGGAGAACAGUACUGUCUGCACUGGGUCCGGCAGCCUCCAUCCUCUCAAUGCCCAGUUUCCUCUGGGACUGCUGGCCUUCCCUGGAGAUCAGAGCGGUCCUGUGUGCCAUGGGCUGUAUUCAGAGCAUCGGGGGCAAAGCCAGAGUCUUCCGGGAAGGUAUCACAGUGAUCGACGUGAAGGCCUCUAUUGACCCCAUCCCCACGAGCAUUGAUGAGUCCUCCAGCGUGGUGCUCCGCUACCGGACACCCCACUUCCGUGCCUCGGCCCAGGUGGUCAUGCCACCCAUCCCCAAGAAGGAGACCUGGAUUGUUGGCUGGAUUCAGGCGUGCAGCCACAUGGAGUUCUACAACCAGUAUGGGGAGCAGGGCAUGUCCAGCUGGGAGCUCCCGGACCUCCAGGAAGGCAAGAUCGAGGCCAUCAGCGACUCGGACGGGGUGAACUACCCCUGGUACGGCAACACCACAGAGACCUGCACCAUUGUGGGCCCCACCAAGAGAGACUCCAAGUUCAUCAUCAGCAUGAACGACAACUUUUACCCAAGCGUCACGUGGGCUGUGCCCGUCAGCGAGAGCAACGUGGCCAAACUGACCAACAUCUACCGGGACCAGAGCUUCACCACGUGGCUGGUGGCCACCAACACCUCCACCAAUGACAUGAUCAUUUUGCAGACGCUUCACUGGCGCAUGCAGCUCAGCAUCGAGGUGAACCCCAACCGGCCCCUGGGCCAGCGCGCCCGGCUGCGGGAGCCCAUCGCCCAGGACCAGCCCAAAAUCCUGAGCAAGAACGAGCCGAUCCCGCCCAGCGCCCUGGUCAAGCCCAACGCCAACGACGCUCAGGUCCUCAUGUGGCGGCCCAAGUACGGGCAGCCGCUGGUGGUGAUCCCGCCCAAGCACCGGUAACAGCCGGGGCGCCCCCGAGGUUACACCCGAAUAAUAACCCUGCUCCAAAACCCACAGGGACUCUGCAGUCAUUCAGCAAAGUACAACCUUUCUACCUUGUCCAGCGGGCGGGUCUCACUGUGCGAAUGCCCCCCGGGUGCCCCCCGUCCUCCCGGAACCUGCUUCCCGGGGCAGGGGAGACCCAGGCGGGACCGACCAGCCCAUGUGGCCCUCGGUGUCCCCUUGGAUCUGCUCUCCUCCCCUCGCGACUUCAGUCAUUCUCUUGCGACAGAGUCCCUGAAACAACUGCUUUUUUUCAGUUCUUUUUUUUUAACGCCUCUUCACGAGGCUCAGGGGUGGGACGAGGAGGAGCUGGUGGUGAGCCUGGUGGGCGCCUGCCCCGGCUGAUCGCGGGUGCGGCGGCCCCUCCCCGGCAGCUCCCCCUUGUCCUCCGUCACGCGGCCUUAUGUAGAGUUGCUUCGCCAAACUUUUGCCUUAAGCUGAAUUUAAAGAAAAAAAACCUGAAACAAAGAAAGCAGGAUCUCUUUUCUACUGGACUUUUCAUCUUCUGCCAGAGGUGUGGGAGGAGGGGGUUGGGUUAGGGACGAGAGAAAGAUGCACCUGAGCCCCGCCGCCCGCGUGUCGGCGGAAGGGCUCGGGGUGCAGAUUUAGAUCUAAAACCAGCUGCUUAUUCUUUCGUUUUAGCAGAGCCGAAACCACGGACUCUGUCUAAAAAGCCCCUUCUCUCCACCCUGGGUAGAACACCCCCCGCCCUACCCCGUGCCUGCAGAGAAGGGCUGUGAGCUCGGGCCCAGGGUAGGUCGGCCAGGGGCUUCUCUCUCCUCUCUUCUCUGCAGCCGGAACUUGCCUCCAGUGUGUCUAGGAGGAGAGAGGGAGGGUCCUGUGAGUUACAGGCUGAGCCCAGGGAACGUCCCCAUCUCAGUCCUCAGCGCCCAUCCUCAGACAGGCCUGCGGGCACAUCUAAGUGCGCAGCUUUUCUGUUUCCAUCUCCACUGGUCCCAAACGCCUGGAGGGCCAGCCAUCUUACCCAGCUGCCGUUCACAGGUAAAAGGGCCCACACCUCCCAACCAGCACCUUCUCAGGGAUGCCCCUCCCAGGCGCUCUGGGGGCGGGCUGCCGACAGGCUCUGAGCACCACGUGCUGGAGGUGCGGGGCACCCAAAGGUCAGUGUUCCUGGCUCUGGGAAGGCUGGGGAGGCGGGAGGUAGACUCAAAGGAGCAGACCAGGGCCCAGGGCUCGGGGACUGAGGGGACUGGGCUUGAAGCUGGUCUGGGACAGCGAGGCCAGUCCUCGAGGCCACCCUCCCUCAGGGCCUGGCCUGUAGGAGCCCCAGGACUUGGGCCUGAGUGUCGCCAAGCUUUCUCUCUCUCUCUCUCUGUUUUUUUUUUAAGCAAUGUCUGCCUUGAAGGCUGCUUGCAGGAGCUGAGGGGACACCCAGCUAAAGCCCCCUUCCUCCAAGCUUGCCAAACCCACAGCUACACCACCUGGGCCCCUCAUUCAGACUAAUAAUAUUCAAGCACAGAAGACUGUCAGAUAAGAAAAAUAAUCCAUUUCUGCUGCAGAUGAGCCACUUGUAGGAGUCCCGGUGACAGUGUGGGAGGGCGCCGGUCACUAAAUCCUUGCUCUGCUCCUUUAUCCACGUGAUAUUGUAUUUAUUCAAGGGGUGCUUAAUAUCCAGCCAUCUCCCGAGCCCGCUCCUGAUGGCAGGCGUGCAGCUAUCCUGGAACAACUGGACCAGAAACAGCUUUGUGAGGCCGGCCGCCGGCCUGGUGCUUGGGGGACCCCUGUCAGGCCGGGGACCUUCCCUCUGGAAACUGCCGGUUCCCCUCGGUGUGUUUGGAGGCCCUGCCACCCAGAGAGGCCAUGGCCUCUAGUGAGGGGGACGAUGGUUCCCCGCUCUACCUCUGGGGACAGGCUGGAGAGGGGCCACCGUGGACAGGACCUGGCCUCUCGGUGGCAUGGCCCUUCUCUGCACUCAGGUCUUUCUUGCACUAAAUAGGAGAAAGGGCCGUGGGCGAGGGGUCAGGACCCAGAGUUCUGGUUCUGGGCUGGGUCAUCACUAAGGAGUUCUUAACUGGGGGUGCCGUGGGAGCGGGAAGGAGCAGUAAGGGGUGGUCCCAAGCUGUUUCAGGCGGAGUCCCCCAAGCCCACACUCCCUGGGUAUGAGCAGGCCCCCUCGACGGGGCCUGUGCUGUGCCCACCUGGAGGAGCGCUGCUGCUCUGGCUGCCUCCACCUCGGCCUGCCGCAUGCCCAGGCCCCCAGCUCAGCUUGCUCCCUGGCUCACCCCCACCCCCCACCAGCCCCGUCCUCUCUGCCCCUCCCAGCCUCUCUGAAGACAGGGCUGGGAAGACCCCGCGGGGGCUGUAGGUCCAGCUGAGGAUGCUCAGCUCAGCUUGCUCCCUUGGCCUCCUCCCUCAUGGAGCACAGGCCCCAGGCGUCUUACCUGGGUCCCCGAACCCUCUGGUGUCCCCCUCCCCGGCGUGGACACACUCUGCCAGCAAUAAGGACCGUCCAUGGUCGUGGAGAGUACUGUGAAAACAAACCAGUGCACUUACCAGGAGGCACAAGACUCUUGAAGAAAAUGUAAAAUGAAUCUUUUUAACAACAGCAACAACAAACAUUCACAAAGAGAAAUAAAAUGUAAUUUUAAAGUA